AAUGGAUGGUGCAAAAGCAAGGGCGCAAAUAAAUUCUGAUCCAUGACUAAUUCAAAAGUGGCAUCUCUCUCCUAUAACUAUAAACAUGCGUAAUGUGUGAAUAAACAUAGGUAGUAGUUUUAGAGAGAGAAUGGGAGACACGAGGAGAGUAGGCGUGGCUGUAGAUUUCUCGCCGUGCAGCAGAAAAGCUCUGCGAUGGGCCGUCGAUAAUCUGUCGAGGAAGGGUGACCACCUGAUUAUGGUGGUCGUGCGCCCAGACUGUCAUUAUGAAUCGGGCGAGAUGCAGCUCUGGGAAGCCACCGGCUCACCCCUUAUUCCGUUGAGCGAUUUCACAAACUCCGUCAUCAUGAAGAAGUACGGCAUUAGCCCUGAUACUGAAUCAUUAGACAUCGUCACCACUGCAUCAAAGCAAAAAGAGAUAGUUGUGCUCUUGAAAAUCUACUGGGGCGAUGCUCGUGAAAAGUUAUGUGAAUCAGUUGACAACAUUCCUCUUGACUCCCUUGUCAUUGGCAAUAGAGGCCUUGGCAAGAUCCAAAGGGUGCUAAUGGGCAGUGUUAGCAACUAUGUGGUGAACAAUGCUCCUUGUCCGGUUACCGUUGUGAAAAGUAGUGACUAAUAAAUUAGCUCACGAUUUCCCGAUGCUAUUGUCGAUGCAAUGUGAGCAAUAAUGGUGGUCGUAGAGUACCCAAUUUUCAUUAUAUAGCAUUCAAUUAUCAAAUAAAAUGAUUAUAUGUAUGCUAAACCAAUUCAUUCUUUUCUAUGAUAUAUGAUCGCGAUGUAUUUAGAUUUUA